CCUACAAAUAUAGGAAAGUUAUCUGAACAUGAAUAGCGAAGAAGAAGUUCCAUUUUGGAUUCCUUUUCAUGGUGAAAUUAUUCCAAAGAAUACCGUAAAAGGUGGAAAAGAAAACAAUCAAAAAUUAUAUAUUGGAAGAUCUCAUCAUCAUGGAUCAUUGACUCCUGGUAAAGUUCUUGAAUCAGAAAGAAAUUGCAUCAUUCCUUGGGGAACAAUUUCAAACGUAAAGGAAGAUUUCGAAAUUCUCAUCUGCUCGACGAAUUACAAUUGGGUAGCAGCUGAGAAUGGAAGUGUACCAAUAAAUGCGUUUCCUGCUGGUCAUAGUGAACAGGGAGAAACUUUAUUCAUUGGUCGGGUAUUCCACGAAGGUUCAUUGAUUGUUGGGAAAAUUCAACAAAGUCAUCGUGUUUGUUACAUCCCUCACAACGAUGAGGAAUUGAAUUUUUGUAAAUAUGAAGUGCUAGUUGUUUAAGAAUGUCUAAAUAAACUUAAGUUUUCACGUUUUAUUAAAUAAUCUUUACAAAAUAUAUAAAAAGAGCAUUAAAGGAAUGAACAAAUGAAAAAAAAAAACAAUA